AACCAGAUGGCCAGAUACCAUUGAGCAGCGCACCCCGUCGGGAGUGUAUUGAAGUGUGCUGCCCAGGGCUUUGGGCUACAAACAAAUGCCGCGAAGACGACGCGUAUAGUACCCCUCGCUUAAGGCAGGCCUACGGGGAAGAAGCUGAGGUAGGAGGAGAAGAAAGAAAAGGCCAGGUCGGGCCGGCCGAUCAAGAAGGUUGAUCAGGGGAUGGGUACCGACUCACCGUCGCCGUCGACGGCACCGGUGGCCCUUGGGGCGAGGAGCGCGGUGAGGGCGGUGGCGCAGCACCACCAGGCCGUGGUUGGUUUCCUCGUCGGCUUCUUCCUCGUCCUGCUGCUCUACACCACCGUGUCUUCCCAAUUCGGUUCCCAAGCUGCUAUUGGUGUCCUACAGUCCGUGCGUACAGAUGAAAACGCCAUGACUCCAACGUCGCCGUCGUCGAUGCCGAGCAACGUAACACAAGUAGGAGAUAAUAUGAAGGAAGAAAAUAAAGGGCAAAAAAUCGACGAACACAAAAAGAUGGAGGAGGAUCGUGUCCAACAUGAUGUCCACGGAAUUGAAAAGAGCAAUCAAACUGAAGCCAAAUUCGAUGAUGAGAAAGAGGAAAAUCCAGAGCAGGCAGGUCAAACUGUGAACGAUGCAAGUGAUAGGAUGGAGGAAGAGCUAAUCCGGCAAGAGAUCGACCAAGGAGGCGGCAAGAAUGACACCAACAUCCAACCAGUUACGCCACGCAAGCCAAUCUGCGACCUCUCCGACCCUAGAUAUGACAUCUGCGAGAUCUCCGGCGACGCACGCACGCUGGGAGCCAACCGCACCGUCCUCUAUGUCCCGCCCGUCGGCGAGCUCGGCGCGGACAGCCAGGAAUGGAGUAUCCGAGACCAGUCACGCAAGUACCUUGAGUUCGUGAACAAGGUCACUGUCAAGUCACUGAACGCCUCGCAGGCGGCGCCCGAGUGCACCUCCAGGCACGACGUCCCGGCCUUGGUGUUCGCGAUGAACGGGCUCACGUCCAACCCGUGGCACGACUUCAGCGACGUGCUUAUCCCCCUCUUCAUCACCACGCGCGCACUGGAGGGCGAGGUCCAGUUCCUCGUCUCCGACCUCCAGCCGUGGUUCGUGGACAAGUACAGGCUCAUCCUCAAGAACCUCUCCCGCUACGACAUCGUCGACUUCAACCAGGACGCCGGCGUCCGGUGCUACCCGCACCUCACCGUCGGCCUCCGCAGUCAUCGCGACCUCGGCAUCGACCCGGCACGCGCCCCACGGAACUACAGCAUGCUCGACUUCCGGCUCUACAUCCGGGAGAUCUACUCGCUGCCGCCCGCAGGCGUCGACAUCCCCUACAAGGAGGCGAACCGUGCUGCGUCCGGCGCCACCACAGCAGAGCAGCACCGGAAGCCACGGAUGAUGCUCAUCAACCGUGGCCGGACGAGGAAGUUCGUCAACUUCCCGGAGAUCGUCCCGGCGGUCGAGAACGCCGGGUUCGAGGUGAUCCCGAUCGAGCCGCGCCGGGACCUCAGCGUGGAGGAGUUCUCCCGGGUGGUGGACUCGUGCGACGUGCUCAUGGGCGCGCACGGCGCCGGGCUGACAAACUUCUUCUUCCUGCGGACCAAUGCGGUGAUGCUGCAGGUGGUGCCGUGGGGGCACAUGGAGUACCCGGCCAUGGGGUUCUACGGCGGGCCGGCGAGGGAGAUGCGGCUGCGGGACGUCGAGUACAGCAUCGAAGCCGUCGAGAGCACGCUCUACGACAAGUACGGCAAGGACAACCCGGUCAUCAGCGACCCGGAGUCCAUACACAAGCAAGGGUGGCGGUCUGGGAUGAGGUAUUACUGGACAGAGCAGGACAUCAGCCUCAACGUCACGAGGUUUGCUCCGACGCUGCACCAGGUGCUCCAGAUGCUCAAGCAAUAAGGGGGGGGGGGGGGGGGGGGAAU